AUGGCCACCUCGCUUCUCCUCUUUCUGAUUCUCCUCUCCCUCUCUUCCUCCGCCGUCGCUUCCUCCGCCACCCCCCUCCUCACCGCCGCAAACACCCUCUCCAACUCCGGCUACCUCUCCAUGGCCCUCACCCUCCAGCUCGCCGCCAGCGCCGGCCUCAACUUCGACUCUCCCACCGCCACCAUCUUCGCUCCGUCGGACACCGCCUUCUUCCAGUCGGGCCCACCCUCGCUGCCUCUGCUCCGGUACCACAUCUCGCCGCGACGAUUCUCCGUCAAAACCCUACCCUACCUCCACCGCGGCACCAAAAUCCAGACUCUGCUCCCGAAUUACUCACUCACCGUGACUUCGACUCCGGCCGUCGAAGGCUACUCGUCUGUCAACGACGUUCGGGUCGACCCGAAUUCGGUUCUGGACGACGGGUCGGUGAUCAUAUACGCCGUCGAUCGGUUCUUUAACUUGACUUUCUUGGAGGCUGAAGAAGCUCCGGCGCCGGCUCCGAUCGCUGGAAUUUCGGGACAGCCGCACCGGCCGUUCGGGUCGGUUGCGGAUCUGCUGAGGUCCAAAGGCUGUUCGAUCAUGGCCGCGUUUCUUGACGCCCAGCUGAUCGGGUUCAACCGGAAGACGGCACUGACGGUGUUCGCAGCGGUCGACGACGCCGUCGAAGACUACGCGAGGAACAGCUCCGAUUACUCGGAGAUUUUCCGGCAGCACGUGGUGCCGAGGCUGCUGACGUGGCAAGACCUGGUGGCGCUUGAUGACGGGACGAUGCUGCCGACUUUUGAAGAAGAGUUUAUGAUCCAUGUGAUCAAGAUGGGUGACGUCCCUGUGCUCAAUGAUGUUCCGGUGGCCGAUCAGGACCUCUACCAGAGCCGCUUCCUGGUUGUUCAUGGCGUCAAUCACUUGCUGACGUCACAGAAGCAGAUGGUGAGGCAAGAAGAAGACCCGGUUGGAGAUCAAGAAGAUGGUGGUGCUGGUUUCACUGAUGGGUUUGUUGCCAAUGUUGCUGAUCAGAUCAACCCUCAAGGUUUUGAUGACUAUCACUGAGGAGCAUUAGAAGUUAGAACUGAUAUGAUUCAGGAGCAAUAGAAUUAUGUGCAUUGUGCAGGAGUACAAACUUGAGCAAAAUGGCC